CUGAUAUUCAAUACAUUAUUUGAAAAAUGAAUUCUGACGUUUAAGACAUUAUAGAUUUAUAUUAAUAGAUAGUAUCCAAUUUAGAUUUAGAUCCAUAACGCGAUGUUACUAUGUAUUAAUAUGUUUGAUAAUUAAAAUAGCGAAUAACUAAAAAAUGAAAGAAAUUAUUGCACAAUAUUUAGAAUAAUGUUUCCAUUUCUCGAGAAAGAAAUAGAUAAUAUUCAAAAAGAACGAAAUCCAACAGGUGAAAAAUUGUAAGGACUCAUUGAAUUUUUAGUAAAUCAUCUUGAAAAUAUAAAUAGUCUUAUCCUGUUUUAACUAUGGAUUUAUCACAUAUAAGUGGUCAUUCUAUUGCAUAAGGAGAUUUGAGACAUCUCUAUAACUUUUUAUAAAUUUUACUUGAAUUAUCAAAACUAUAUAAAGAUUAAGCUUAAAAUUCAAGAUCAAAUUCAAGUAGUUAACAAAAUUUCUAAUAAAACAAUUCAACUCCACCAGAAUAAUAAUCUGGUAAAUAUUUUUAUAUAUUUUAGAUUAUUUUCAUGAUAAUGCUGAAUAUGAAUUAUCAUCUUAAGAGGAGGGUGGAAAUUAAUAAACAAAGUAAAUUAAAAGAAAUAAAUCUUAAAAAGAUUUAAAGAACAAUUCUAAUUAAGAUAAAAAUGCAGCAGCAACAAAAAAUUAAUUAUCUAAUAAUUAAAGAAAAUCAUCAGCAAGAAAAGAUGAUUAAAAAAAAGUUAUAAAUUCUAAAGAAAAUUAAUUAAAAGCUAUUAGUAAUAAUUUAUUACCUGUUACUUAACUUUAAUAAAGAAUUAUAACAUAAGAUCCUAAUAUUGCAACUAAAUAUAAAAAAUAAUAAUAAUAAAAGAAAUCUUAAUAAAAAUAAUAAUAAAAUUAGUCAUCUCCAAAAUAAGAAGAAUAAUUAGAUUAAUUAGAUUUUGAUUUUCCAGAUAUUAGUGAAAUUGAUUAUGAUUUUUUAGAGUAACAUGAUGAAGAAGAGAUUAAUCAAUUAGAAGAUGAUGACCCUACAAAAGUUAAAUAUAUUAGAGAAUAAUAAAAAGAUAAUAUAAGAAAAUUACUUUAAGAAAAAAUGAAAGAAGGUGAAGAAUUAGAGGAUAGACCUGAAAUUGAUGAUUUUAUUGAUUUUCAAAUUAAAGUUAUAAAAGAAUCAUUAGGUAAAAUGAAAAUUUAACCUCCGAGUGAUGAAAAAGAAACCAUUGAAAAAAUUAUAAAGAAUAGAAAUUAAUAUAAAGAAUUUUUAAAAGAUUAUCUUAAGACUUAUUAAUAAAAAUAAAAAAAAUAAGAAUUACAAUAAAAUAAAUCAAUACAAAAUUAAAAAUAACUAACUAAGAUGAAUUAGAAAAAGAAAGAUGAUUUAAAAAAAGAAUUUGAAAAUGAACAUUUGUCAAUGUAUUAUAAAUUAAGAGAUGAGAAAUUAAAUUACUUAAGAAAAAUGUAUAAAGUUAUUAAAUUUUCAUAGUCAUCGAAUCAUAUUUGAAUUAGAAAAAAGAAAAAUAAUUGAUGAAAAAAAAGAUCAUUUAUAAAUGAGAAGAUAAUAAAAUAUAAUUACUAGAAAUGCAUUAGCUUCUGUUGAAAAUGCAUAUAAUGAUAAGAUUACAAUGUUAAAAGAAAAAUUAUAAAAUGAAAGAAAAGAUAGACAUGUUGCAGGUGUUGCUUAAAAAUAAGUAUUUUUACAUAAGAUUACAAGAUUUUAUCAAAAUUAGAAAAAGAGUUAAAAGAUGAAAAAAUUAAAUAAAUUUAAGAGUUGAAAGAUAUUUGGAGAUAAGAAAAAGAAAGGUUUGAUUAUUUAAUGAAGGAUGAUGGAGAAUUAGAAAAAAGAAUUCUAUAAAUUUAUAAAAAAUAUUGA